CAAAAGACGUGUUUUGUCAGAAUCAACAUGCCGUAUUAUAUUUGGACUAUCUUGAGAACAAUGCCGCCCAUAUCUUUUCCCAUCUUCCCGUCAUUAACGCUAUUUGCCCUGCCAGUCUAUAUCUUUAUUGCGUGUUCAACUAUCAAUUAUUCAAGCAUUCUGCCACCGCCUGGCAUGGCUAUUUUCACCUCAUUGAGUUCCAACAAGCCCAUGGCUGCCAGAUGGCUGGCGGUAUAUGGCAUGACCAACACCGUGCCAUUCCUGAUAAAAACGGCCCAUCACAGUCUUGCGAUGCUUAGACCUUCUCAACAGACCAUGACUGAUUGACUCCCCAACAUGGAUAAAGAAAAAGUGGCGGAGCGGUGCCGAAGUAAAAAUAGAACGAAGAAAAGGAAAGGAAACACCAGGAAAAAAAAAAAAAAAAAAGAAGAAAGAACAAAAAAAUGAAAAUCAACACCCAAAGAAUCUAAAAUGCUGUGAUGUGCACCAGGUAAAAAAAAAAAAAUAGUUUGCCGUUGUAGCUCAGCCUCCCUGUCCGCGAGGCUUUUUCCAAAACUCAGGCUGAGAUUGAUAAAAUAAAAAGGUAUAUAUUCCAGGGUCGUCAAAGUGAGCGCCCUGGAACCGUUCGUGUGCCUUGUUUCUUUUUGGAAUGAAUUAAUAUCGACGUAAAGAGCCGGUCCAGUGAGAACACUUAUUAAUGUCAUAUGUAUCCCCAGCAUGGCCCGCGGCUGUCUUCAGUUUCGUUUCCACAUGUACAUAUACGGGACUUGAUAGCCCCCCCAAGUUCAAAAAGCGCCAGUAUCGACCAAUAGUCCAAAGUGAUCCAAACAGUCGAAUUUGCGAUAGCUGCACUACGCUGCCGAUAUGUUGCUGCAUGAGAUAGAGAGGGU